UUCACGCGCGUUCGCUCCGGACUCUCCCACUUGCUCGCUCUCUGGCCUGGCCGCUCGCCCCCGCCCCGCUCGGUCCCGCCGGGACGCGCCUCACCGGCUCCCGGCACCACCGAGUCUGCAGCAGCGGCGGCGGAGCGAGCGCUGGCCUCGGCUCCCGGACGCCUUCGCCGCGCGGACUAUGGGGGAUGUGAAGCUGGCUGCCUCGGCACACGUUUCUAAAACCUCCCUCAGUGUGGAUCCCUCGAGAGUCGGCUCCAUGCCCCUGACCGAGGCCCCUGCUUUCAUUCUGCCCCCUCGGAACCUCUGCAUCAGAGAAGGAGCCACCGCCAAGUUUGAAGGGAGGGUCCGGGGUUACCCAGAGCCCCAGGUGACGUGGCACAGAAAUGGGCAAACCAUCACCAGUGGGGGCCGCUUCCUGCUGGACUGUGGUAUCCGCGGGAGUUUCAGCCUUGUGAUUCAUGCUGUCCAGGAGGAGGACAAGGGAAAGUAUACCUGUGAAGCCACCAAUGGUAGCGGUGCCCGCCAGGUGACAGUGGAGUUGACGGUAGAAGGGGGCUUUGUGAAGAGGCACGGUCAGCCUGUUUCCAAAACCUUGGGAUUCACAUCCCCCACAGUGGAGACCCGUCCCAGCAUCUGGGGAGAGUGCCCACCAAAGUUUGCUACCAAGCUGGGCCGUGCGGUGGUCAGAGAAGGACAGAUGGGGCGAUUCUCCUGCAAGAUCACUGGCCGGCCCCAACCACAGGUCACCUGGCUCAAGGGAGAUGCUCCCCUGCAGCCCAGUGCCCGAGUGUCUAUGUCUGAGAAGAAUGGGAUGCAGGUCCUGGAGAUCCAGGAGGUGAGCCAAGACGACGUGGGAGUGUACACCUGCCUGGUGGUGAACGGGUCUGGGAAGGCCUCCAUGUCCGCCGAGCUCUCCAUCCAAGGUUUGGACAAUGCCAAUAGGUCAGCGUUGAGGGGAACAAAGGCAGCCAGUUCAGAUAUCAGGAAGGAAGUGGCCAAUGGAGUCACACCGGGGCCCAAACUGGACAGCCUGGGAGCUGCAGCUGAAAGUAAGAACUGCUCCAGCGCCCAGAGAGGCGGCCCCCCCGCCUGGGCCCCAAACAGCCAGCCUCCGCCCCUGAGGGAGCCCAAGCUGGAACUGCCCGGGGACUCGCCCAGGAAGGCCCCGAGGACCCCCAUCCUGCAGAAGACCUCCAGCACCAUCACCCUGCAGGCCACCAGGGUCCAGCCGGAGCCCAGGGCACCGGACCCGGGCACUCUCCUGCCUUCCGGAGAGGCGAGGGAGAGGCCAGCCGCUCCCCCUGCAGCCACCCUCCCCACCAGGCAGUCUGUUCUGGGAACCCAAGACGUUGGGAACAAGGUCGCUUCCAGGAAAAUCCCCACGGAGAGCCGGAGGGACUCAACAUUCCCCACGUUCGACAGCAAGCCCCAAAGCCAGGAAGUCCGUGAAGGUCAAAUAGUCAAGUUCAGGUGUGAGGUUUCAGGGAUCCCAAAGCCCCAAGUGGCCUGGUUCCUGGAAGGUGUCCCCGUGAGGAGACGAGAAGGCACCGUUGAGAUCUACGAAGAUGGUGGGUCCCAUUACCUCUGCCUGCUGAGAGCCCGGGCCAGGGACAACGGGCGCUACAGCUGCAUAGCCUCCAACAUCCGAGGCCAGGUGUCCUGUGACUGGACCCUCCUGGUGAAAAGACCGGCCUUGAUGGAGGCGGCCCCCUCCUUCUCCAGCGUCCUGAAGGACUGCACCGUCGUCGAGGGCCAGGACUUUGUGCUGCAGUGCUCGGUGCAGGGGACCCCAGUGCCCCAAAUCACUUGGCUGCUAAAUGAGCAGCCCAUCCAGUACGCGCACUCCACCUGUGAGGCUGGUGUGGCUGAGCUCCACGUCCAGGACGCCCUGCCGGAGGACCACGGCACCUACACCUGCCUGGCUGAGAACCCCUUGGGGCAGGCGUCCUGCAGCGCCCGGGUCACUGUCCAAGAAAAGAAGAGUGACAGGAAGAGUGAGUACCUUCUGCCCACGGCCCCCAGCAAGCCCGCUGCGCCCCGUUUCCUGCAAGGCCUCUCUGACCUCAAGGUCAUGGAUGGAAGCCAGGUCACCAUGACAGUCCAGGUGUCAGGGAACCCACCCCCUGAGGUCAUCUGGCUUCACAACGGGAACGAGAUCCAGGAGUCGGAGGACUUCCACUUUGAACAGAGGGGCACUCGGCACAGCCUGUGCAUCCAGGAGGUGUUCCCGGAGGACACGGGCACUUACACCUGCGAGGCCUGGAACAGCGCCGGGGAGGUUCGAACCCAGGCUGUGCUCACCGUGCAAGAGCCCCAGGAUGGCACCCAGCCCUGGUUCAUCAGCAAGCCUCGCUCGGUGACAGCCUCCCUGGGCCAGAGCGUCCUCAUCUCCUGUGCCAUCGCCGGCGACCCCUUCCCCACCGUGCACUGGCUCCGAGACGGCAAGGCCCUCUCCAAAGACGCCGGCCACUUCGAGGUGCUGCAGAACGAGGACGUGUUCACCCUGGUCCUGAAGAAUGUGCAGCCCAGGCACGCCGGCCAGUAUGAAAUCCUGCUCAAGAACCGGGUUGGCGAAUGCAGUUGCCAAGUGUCACUGAUGCUACAGAGCAGCCCUACCCGAGCCCCCCAGCGGGGGAGGGAGCCUGCCAGCUGUGAGGGCCUCUGUGGCCAAGGAGUUGGUGCUGGUGGUGGUGAUGGUGACUGCUAUGGGACCCUGAGGCCUAGCUGGCCAGCGAGAGGGCAGGGUUGGCCAGAGGAGGAGGACGGCGAAGGCGUGCGGGGGGUGCUGAAGAGGCGCGUGGAGACCCGGCAGCACACGGAGGAGGCCAUCCGCCAGCAGGAGGUGGAGCAGCUGGACUUCCGCGACCUGCUAGGGAAGAAGGUGAGCACCAAGACUGUGUCGGAGGAAGACCUGAAGGAGAUCCCAGCCGAGCAGAUGGAUUUCCGCGCCAACCUGCAGCGGCAAGUGAAGCCAAAGACCGUGUCCGAGGAAGAGAGGAAGGUGCACAGUCCCCAGCAGGUUGACUUCCGCUCUGUCUUGGCCAAGAAGGGGACUCCCAAGACCCCAGUGCCUGAGAAGGUACCACCUGCAAAACCUGCCACCCCGGAUUUUCGCUCAGUGCUGGGCAGCAAGAAAAAAUUACCAGCAGAGAAUGGGAGCAGCAGUGCUGAGGCCUUGAAUGCCAAAGUGGCAGAAAGUCCCAAGGCUGUGGGCAAUGCCCAGCCUUCAGGGCCCCUGAAACCUGUGGGCAAUGCCAAGCCUGCUGAGACCCCGAAACCCGUGGGCAAUGCCAAGCCUGCCGAGACUCUGAAACCUGUGGGUAAUGCCAAGCCAGCUGAGACCCCAAAACCCUUGGGCAAUGCCAAACCGGCUGAGACCCCCAAACCCUUGGGCAACGCCAAACCAGCCGAAACCCCGAAGCCCCUGGGAAAUGCCAAGCCUGCUGAGACCCUGAAACCUACGAGCAAUGCCAAGCCUGUUGAAACCCCCAAACCCUUGGACAAUGCCAAGCCAGCUGAGAUCCCAAAACCAGCUGGGAAAGAAGAACUCAAGAAGGAGGUUAAGAAUGAUGUGAACUGCAAGAGGGGGCCUUCAGGAGGCACAGAUAACGAGCAAAGAUCAGAGAGCCAAGGGACAGCCCCGACCUUCACGGAGAAGCUGCGAGAUGUCCAUGUGGCAGAGGGCGAGAAGCUGCUGCUCCAGUGCCAGGUGUCCUCUGACCCCCCGGCCACCGUCACCUGGACGCUGAAUGGAAAGACACUCAAGACUACCAAGUUCAUCAUCCUCUCCCAAGAAGGCUCCCUCUGCUCCGUCUCCAUCGAGAAGGCACUGCCAGAGGACAGAGGCUUAUACAAGUGUGUAGCCAAGAAUGGCGCCGGCCAGGCUGAGUGCUCCUGCCAAGUCACUGUGGACGAUGCCCCCGCCAGUGAGAGCGCCAAGGCCCCUGAGAUGAAAGCCCGGAGGCCCAGGAGCUCUCUUCCUCCUGUGCUGGGAACAGAGAGUGAUGCAACUGUGAAAAAGAAACCUGCUCCCAAGACACCUCUAAAAGCAGCCAUGCCCCCCCAGAUCAUCCAGUUUCCGGAGGACCAAAAGGUGCGUGCAGGAGAGUCUGUGGAGCUGUUCGGUAAAGUGACAGGCACCCAGCCCAUCACCUGCACCUGGAUGAAGUUCCGAAAGCAGAUCCAGGAGAGUGAGCACAUCAAGGUGGAGAACAGCGAGAGCGGCAGCAAGCUCACCAUCCUGGCCGCCCGCCAGGAGCACUGCGGCUGCUACACGCUGCUGGUGGAGAACAAGCUGGGCAGCAGGCAGGCCCAGGUCAACCUAACCGUGGUCGACAAGCCAGACCCCCCAGCCGGCACGCCUUGCGCCUCCGAUAUCCGGAGCUCCUCGCUGACCCUGUCCUGGUACGGCUCCUCGUACGAUGGGGGCAGUGCUGUGCAGUCCUACAGUGUCGAGAUCUGGGACUCGGUGGACAAGACGUGGAAGGAACUAGCCACGUGCCGCAGCACCUCGUUUAACGUCCAGGACCUGCUGCCUGACCGAGACUAUAAGUUCCGUGUGCGUGCCAUCAAUGUGUACGGAACCAGCGAGCCGAGCCAGGAGUCUGAACUCACAGCGGUGGGAGAGAAACCUGAGGAGCCGAAGGAUGAAGUGGAGGUGUCCGAUGAUGAUGAGAAGGAGGCUGAAGUCGAUUACCGGACGGUGACGGUCAAUACCGAACAAAAAGUGUCUGACUUCUACGACAUCGAAGAGAGACUAGGAUCUGGGAAAUUCGGACAGGUCUUUCGACUGGUAGAAAAGAAAACUGGAAAAAUCUGGGCAGGGAAAUUCUUCAAAGCAUAUUCGGCAAAAGAGAAAGAGAACAUCCGGGAGGAGAUCAGCAUCAUGAACUGCCUCCACCACCCCAAGCUGGUCCAGUGUGUGGACGCCUUCGAAGAAAAGGCCAACAUCGUCAUGGUCCUGGAGAUCGUGUCAGGGGGUGAGUUGUUCGAGCGCAUCAUCGACGAGGACUUUGAGCUGACGGAGCGAGAGUGCAUCCAGUACAUGAGGCAGAUCUCGGAGGGGGUGGAGUACAUCCACAAGCAGGGCAUCGUCCACCUGGACCUCAAGCCCGAGAACAUCAUGUGUGUCAACAAGACAGGCACCAAGAUCAAGCUCAUCGACUUCGGUCUGGCCAGAAGGCUGGAGAAUGCAGGGUCUCUGAAGGUCCUCUUUGGCACCCCGGAGUUUGUGGCACCUGAAGUGAUCAACUAUGAGCCCAUUGGCUACGCAACAGACAUGUGGAGCAUCGGGGUCAUCUGCUACAUCCUGGUCAGUGGACUUUCCCCCUUCAUGGGUGACAACGAUAACGAAACCUUGGCCAACGUUACCUCAGCCACCUGGGACUUCGACGACGAGGCCUUCGAUGAGAUCUCCGAUGAUGCCAAGGAUUUUAUCAGCAACUUGCUGAAGAAGGAUAUGAAAAACCGCCUGGACUGCACCCAGUGCCUUCAGCAUCCGUGGCUAAUGAAGGACACCAAGACCAUGGAGGCCAAGAAACUCUCCAAGGACCGGAUGAAGAAGUACAUGGCCAGAAGGAAAUGGCAGAAAACGGGCAAUGCUGUGAGAGCCAUUGGAAGACUGUCCUCUAUGGCAAUGAUCUCAGGGCUCAGUGGCAGGAAGUCCUCAACAGGAUCACCAACCAGCCCUCUCAACGCAGAAAAACUAGAAUCGGAAGGAGAUGUCGCCCAAGCUUUCCUGGAGGCUGUUGCUGAGGAAAAGCCCCGUAAACCCUAUUUCUCUAAGACCAUUCGUGAUUUAGAAGUGGUGGAGGGAAGUGCUGCUAGAUUUGACUGCAAGAUUGAAGGAUACCCAGACCCUGAGGUCGUCUGGUUCAAAGACGACCAGUCCAUCAGGGAGUCCCGCCACUUCCAGAUAGACUACGAUGAGGAUGGGAACUGCUCUUUAAUCAUUAGCGAUGUGUGCGGGGAUGACGAUGCCAAGUACACCUGCAAGGCUGUCAACAGUCUCGGAGAAGCCACCUGCACAGCGGAACUCAUUGUGGAAACCAUGGAGGAAGGAGAAGGAGAAGGGGAAGAGGAAGAAGAGGAAGAGUGAAACAAAGCCAGAGAGAAGCAGUUUCUAAGUCUUAGUACAAAAACUAUUUCUCUAAUGCUCAAAACCCCAAGAUAGUAAAAGCACCUAGUGUGAUAGAUUACCUAGUUAGGUCAUUUUAGGGUCAGUUCUUAGCAACAGCAGUUCGUACCUAGCAGUGUUAUUGAUGGGCAUUAAUUUCAGUUAGCAGGCACCUUAAGAUACUAGUACAUCUAGAUUUCAUUUUGAGAAAUCACCAGUAACUUGGCCGACCAGUUGAUUUUAAAGAUAAAGUAACAAAAAGAAGUAUUUUUCUGGGCAAAGUCACAAAUUUGAAACACUCAUAAAAAAUAAAGCCCCGCGGCCCCGGGUCAGCCCAGAGGCCCCUGGAGACGGGGGUCUCUCUCCCAGCUCCGAACUCCAGAGAACUGGGUCUCCCCCAGGCUGCAGCCCUUCGGUCUGAAAGCAGUUGAGCCGUUUUAACUUACAAGGCACAUUUUACUCCAAACUAUACUGUAGACAUUCAGACUUUUCAUUCCCCCUCUGCCUGCCCGUUUUUCUGGAUCUGAGCUUGCCAUGAGUUUAAGCACUAAGGACAUUACACUUAGAUUCUGAAGACAGGUCCCCUGCUCACAGAAGGCUGGCUUCCUUAGGAAAAUAAAACCUCCUUCUAAAAUCAGUAGGCAAUCUAAACUUAUCCCCUCUUUGCAGGUAUCUAGCAGCUUCAGACAUUUUUAUAAGAACUCGUGGGGGAAAAUAUCCUUGCUAAUGUGCUUUUCUUCUGAAACCAGGAGUCAUAUUUGUGCUGUUAGAGACUAUCAGCUCUGCAUGUGUGGUAAAGAUGUUUGUGUUUGUAUGAAAACCAGUUUGCUGAAAAGUUAGUCUUAUUUAUUGGCCACCAUGAAACAUUUCAGCUGAUGAAGAGCUAUAGAACUCUACAUACUCUGGAGUCUCCUUCAGGAUAGUCUGAGUUUGACACACCUUCAUUCUAAACACCCUCAGAGAACUCUACCUACCCUAUAGAUUCCACGAUGUGUUUUUUUUUCUUGAAUGUGCAUCAAACAUGCCUUGCUCCCAACCUCAAAAUAUAUUCUCAGACCCAAUAAAUGCAUCAGACGUGCAUCUUUAGGAACUUUUAACUUUCUUUCACUACAUUGGCACUUAAAUUUUUCUUUAUAAAACUUUUUGAAGGUCUUAAACAAAGACCAUAAACUGAUAUGCCUAAUACAUUUUCUCUGUGUGUGUGUGUGUGUGUGUGUAACAUUCCAAAUGUUUUAUUCUUGUCCACUGUUUGUAAAGUGCAGCGAUUUAAUAUUUCAAGGGACUUUUUAAUAGUUCAAGAAUCGAUCUUAAUUCAGUGCAAUCAUACACGGUAUCAACAUUAGAAUUUUGCUAUUACUUAGUCUUAUGUUAUCCUCCAUUCUAUCUUAUCUGCUUUUUGCUGCUAAUUUCAAAUUGUCAGUAUUUUCCUUUUUGCUUUUUAAACAGUUACAAUAUUUUUCAUAAUAGCCACACUUUUGCCACAGUUUAUUAUAACAAAGGGUUUUUAAUUUGAUUUAGAGUAUUCAGAGCUUGUCUUCAUCACUUUGUGUUUAGACUAUAAUCUUGGUGUGUGUGUGUUGUAUGUGUGUGUGCAUGUGUGGUGUGUACGUUUGUUUACAGGUUUUUGAUGCCUUCUUGAAAUUGUGUUAAUGUUCUCCCAGUUUAUUAUGCCAUCAGAAUGGUAAAUGAGAACACUACAACUGUAGUUAGCUCACAAUUUUUAAAUAAAGGAUACCACAAUGCAUA